AUGGACGAUAAUGGUAGAGUAGAGACCUUGUGCAAGGUAUGUGGUGACAAGGCGUCUGGAAAACAUUACGGUGUACCAAGUUGCGACGGAUGUCGUGGAUUUUUCAAGCGGUCGAUCCGUAGGAAUUUGGACUACGUGUGCAAAGAAAGCGGCCAGUGCAUCGUCGACGUGUCUCGGAGAAAUCAAUGCCAAUCCUGCCGAUUUACCAAGUGCUUGCAAGUGAACAUGAAAAGAGACGGUAAGCAGCAUCGUGAGACAAUUCCUCUGUGUCGACUUGCAGCGGUGCAGCACGAGCGAGCACCCCGGAGCGCGUCGACGUCGAUGUCGGUGAUGGCGGCCUCGAGGAAGCCGUCCCCGGCCUCCGCCGUCGCAACCGCCGCCUCCCUCUACCCGUCGGCAUCGCACAUCUACCACGGGGCAGCGCGAGCUGGCGCUCCCUACCAUCCGCUCCUCUACCCGAGCUUCUUUUCGUUUAAGCCAGCGGUGCCGAGCUUCCCCUCGGCAAUGGCUGCGCACUUCAUGCCCCGGCCUACGCCCGAACCCUUAUCCAAUUCGGCUGGCAAGGAAGACGAGGUGACAAGCUCCGAGGAGGCUGCCGCCGCUGCCAACGAUCGCUUGCACUUUAAGAAAGUUGCUGAGGAUCACGUGUCAACUCGAUUAGCGGCUCCAUUAAUUUGUACUUCUGUGUCCGACGGACAAACGGCAAACUUUUCGCUUUUACCAGCGGAAAAUGUUUACGAGUUUGCAGCGAAAUUACUGUUUUUGGCCGUAAAAUGGCCAAGAAGUAUAUCUUCCUUUUUACAGCUUUCGUACCGAGAUCAAGCGAUUCUGCUCGAGGAGUCGUGGUGCGAGCUUUUCGUACUGACGGCCGCCCAAUGGAAUUUCCCUGUCGAGGAGUCGCAGCUGAUACCGAUACACAUGUCGCCGGACAGGAGGCAAAUCCUGUGCGACGAGGCCAGACGGCUACGCGAGCUCCUCACCAGAUGCGCCAUUUUGAGAAUCGACCACUCGGAGUACGCAUGCCUCAAAGCGAUCGUACUUUUUAAAGGAGAGUCCCGGGGCCUGUGCGAGGCCGCACGCGUCACGGCCCUGCAGGAACAGACGGUCUCCGUCCUGUCCGACCGAGGCGCCGGUCGCGUAGGCCAUCUCCUGCUGCUGCUGCCGCCCGCUCGCGCCCUCUGCCGGCGCACCCUCCAGGACUUGCUUUUCCAGCCGACGGUCGGCGACGUGAGCGUGGAGCGUCUGCUCGACGAUAUGGUCAACGCCGGGAGGCCCAACUAAACCAGCGACAACUGCCUUUGCUCCACCUCAUCGCCAUCCCCGCCGCCCAAAAUUCUACCAAAGUACCGACUGUCAGACUUUCGCUCCCUCUAUUACCCGCGAAACUACUACUUACUUGCUGCCACACUUCCCCAA